ACCAACGGUGCUCAAAUUAUCUAGUCUUGGAUACAUCAUAGACAGUUCUGAACUCUAGGAACUACUCAUUGACUUCAAAUAAUGGCUACUCCGGUGACCAGAUCAACCCUUGUGAAUCACUGUGUCCCACCGUUCUACGCUUGUUAUUUGUUGAGAAGCGUGAAAACAUCAAAGUCGAUGGCGACCUACAUAGGGAGUACUCCUAGUCCUCCUCGUCGGAUACGCCAGCAUAACGGGGAAAUCACUCAGGGAGCGCGGAAGACUGAGCGCAAUCGUCCAUGGGUUAUGCAGAUGAUCGUGUGCGGCUUUCCCUCCAAGCUUGCCGCUCUCCAGUUUGAAUGGGCGUGGCAGCACCCGCACAUCUCCCGCCAUCUGCGGCGCGGAGAUGGGAAAGCGAAGGUAGCGCACGGAAUGAUCUGCUCGCAUCCAUACAAUACCUGGGCCCUGCACGUAAAGCUCUUCACAGAAGAAGCCGCAAAAACAUGGAAUGUCUUGUACCGGAAAGAAUCUCCACCCCUAGGCUUUACGUCGGCAGUCGAGCUCGAGGGUGUCGACGGUAAAAGCGGGAAGACCGGCUCUGGAAGAACGGGUCCUAUAGAUGUCACAGAUGCCCAGUUCACUACAUCGCAUCUAUACAAGGCGUAUUCCCUUGCCGGCCCGUACUAUUGCUCUGUAUGUAAAGAGCCUAUAACAGACUUCCCUUCAAAUGCCUUGGAUAUUGCCCUCUGCCCUGCUCCCGGAUGCAAAUCGCUCUCCCACCUCACCUGCCUUGCUAAGUCCUUUGUUCCCUCUACUUCUGUCUCUUCGACCGCUCCCUUGAUUCCCCGUGGUGGCUGUUGCACCGCUUGCAAGAUCUACGUGCUGUGGGGAGAUGUUGUGCGUGGAUGCUAUCGUAUCCACAAGGGCGGGGCUGUCGAGGUGCUUGAAGAUUCCGAGGACGAGAUGUCUGAAGAAGACGAGGGCAUGGAUACCGAUGCGGAUACAGAUGCGAUGGACGUGGACUCCGAGAAGCAUUCCGAGCUGAAGACUCCGAAAGAGAAAGGAAAGGCAAAACCAAGGGUAAUAGCCACGACAAAGCCUAGGGGAAGAUCCAGAAAGGCUGUGGAUGCGAAAGAGCCUAAAGCAAAAGAUUCGAGGAUCAAGCCAGCAAGAGUUCCAGUUCCAGCCAUAGAAGAAGAAGGCGAAUUCUUCGAUAUUGACAACAUCGGUUCGAGCGACUCUGGAAGUACAGCCGAUAUAAUACCACAGCCCACGGCCAGGGGACGUGGCAGACAGCCGAAAUCAAUAACAUCAGUCACAAAUAGUGCUGCACCAAUACAGCCAGCUUCAACAUUGCCCCUACCCGCUAAGAAGCGAGGGCGACCGCAAAAGCAUAUAGUCGAACUAGAAAGUGUCGCGCCUUCUCAAAUUGCACCUGCAUCGCCGCCAGCUAGGAAGCUUGGCCGGCUCAUGAAGCGUCCUGAAGAGGUCGAUUUCUUCGACGUGAAGUCGGACGGCGAGCUCGAGGACGCACUGUCCGAGCUAUCUAUCUCGUCGCCGGACCUGUCAGGGAUGGAGAAUGAGGUCUUCGGGGGUGCUUUGCAACGACGACCAUCUGUGUCUCGAAAAGCUGAAUACAUUGAAAUCUCCGACUAGAUGGUGAGCAUG